GACAUCGCGAGGAUGAAACAAGGGAAAGGAUAUAAGUCCACCGCUGCUGCAUUCGUUCCCGACUCCUUUGUUCCAGCGCCUAAUUUCGCACAACUUUCCGACCCGGACUGUUCGACGAGCUUCUGGAGGGACCCGCAAGAGACGCCGUUGGAUGUGGAUGUAUGCGAGGACGCUGAGGAUAAACUCGAGGAGGUGACAACCCUGCGAGAGGUGCCGGUGAUGCAUCUCGAGUGAUACCGGCGCCGAUUAAAUCACUAAAGCUCCGACGAACGACCAGCUGAUAUUUGUCGAUAGGUUCCCCCCUGCGCUUUUUGACGACGGACGAACCUCAUAUCACGCAGUCGUAUCUAUGAGAUACCACGGGAUGGUGAUCAUUAUGUCCACGGAACGCGUGAAAACUCGAGAAGACAAACCUGUAUGCUUCCUUCUCCCCCUCCUCCCGUAGGCCUACAGCCCGUACCUGUACAUGAGGGGGGCAAUUGAUGGCGCUCUGUGUCUCAACUAUGCUUAGUUGUAUUUAUGUAUCAUCAGCCAUCCUGUAGGCCUAGUCAGUUGCCCAAGCAGUGCGCUAUUUUAUGGAUGAAGAUAAACAGUCGGCCUAUACACG